GCGGUCGGAACCAGGAUAAAAUCGUGCGUUACUGUGUUGCCUCUUGCGUCAUCAUCUGGGACAAGGAAACACGCAGCAUUUACUAGUUGGGAUUCAGGCCCCUCGGGUCGGAACACCGACACUAUUUUUAGCUGUGCGGGCCCGAGGCCGUUCUGUACUGGAUAUAAGCCGUGCCCAUGUGGGGAAGAACCAACAAACAAAUGAAUUAGAAAAAUUCUGGAAGAGGAAUCCUUCCUCGUUCCGCCCCAACUAUCUUGCGCGGUUGAUUUCUCACGCCUUCGAUUCCUCGUUGGCCACGGGUGAUUACACGCAUCGGCGGCGGCGGCGACGACGACGAGUGGGUGAAAUACGAGUACGACAUCGAAACUCAAGAUUUACCUGACCUGGGCGAAGGUUGCAAGGAAAAACUAGUCAUAUGCUCGAUUGCAGCCAGGCCCGGCUCUGGGCCUAGGCGGGAGGGGUGACCGCCUAGGGCCCCGGCUGGAAAGGGGCCCAAUCUCAUGUACAUGCAGAGCAGCACCGAGGCCUAGCAGCGUAAGGGCAAAAUAGCGAAACGUCAACUGCGCGACCUAGCAAGCGUGAACGGACGCUGAAAUUGAAAUAAUGUUUAGUGGCGUCUUGGCGAUUGUUGCCUGCUGCAUGUUGGCGUUCUUCACAAGAUCAAAUCGGAUCAGAGAAACAAUUAGUCUUGACGAUUGCCUCUUGCUGCACUUGUUGUGGUCGUUGGUGCUCCGAUUCACCAGCAAGGUGACCGUGUGCUGCUGUUCCGUUCCUCAUGAACGCCCUAGUCCUGGAUCCUGUCCUGGAUCAGGUCAUCAGGUGGCUCACACAGUCCGCAAUCUUCUCACUUCUUCCCUUUGUUUUUCAAUCAGUCCAUAAGUGAUAGUGAUAAUUAAUUUCAUUCCCAUCCCCCAUAGAGACCUAAAAAUUAGUUUUGACUUUUCUAUAUCUAUAACUUUUACUACACAUCUAGAUAUAACUUUGUGUAAAUUAGAUGCAUAGCAAAGACUGUAUCUAAAAAUGCAAAAAAGUAAUAAUUUAGAAUAGAGGGAAUAUAACAUUAGUGAAUAUUUAGAGCUCUCACCUCAAUAUUAUCCUUAAUGACUUUGCACUGAUAAUUUCCAAAGGAGUUUUUUUGAACCACAGAAACAAUAUUUUUGAUGGAAUUGUUACAAUUUAUUCUUGUUUGAGGUAAUCACACUAGUCACAUUUUGUGCUCCUUUAGUUUCUAAUAUGGACACUGUUUUUCAAGAAUUGAGUAUAUGUUACUAGCAUUAUAUGCUUUAUGAUUUUGCAAAUGCAAACAACUUUUUAGUCUAAUAAAGGGCCCAUAGUAUCCUUAUGUCCUAGGGCCCUAAAAUAUGUUGAGCCGGCCCUGAUUGCAGCUUGCAACGGCAGGUUCUACUUCAACGGCGGCCUCGACGAGCUCGGCGUGCUCGAGUUCAGUCCCGCGCCGGCGUUCCGCUCCAUCGCCAUCCGUGACGCCAUCGAGCUGCCCUUCGGGUGCCAGAAAGUGUUCCUGGUCGAGUCCGGGCAGGAGCUCUUCAUGGUCUCCCUGACGUCGCUCAGCGACCCCAAUGUGAUCCGCGGGGUCCUCGUGCACCGGAUGGACUUCUCGCGGCAGGAGUGGCGCGAGGCCGGGGACAUCGGCGGCAGGGCGUUCCUGCUGGCGCCGUGGUACUUCGGCGCCUCGCGCCCGGCGGCGGAGUGCGGGCUGGAGGCGGACUGCGUCUACGUGGCGUACGCGGGGACGAGGCGCCUGCUGGUGUUCAACGUCAAGGACGGGACGACGACGAUGCAGGACCUGGAUGGAGCUCCGGUGUCCAAGCUAGCGUUGUGGAUGCUGCCUACCAAUCCAUAGACGUUGGACAAGCUUUGCUUUUGUGUUUUUUCGCGUUGAUGUUUUUUCGCGUUGAUGUUUAUAUGCUUUUGGAGAACAAUGUUUUUUUUCUAGCUGCCUACCAAACCCAUAGUCAUGUAAUAACUGCAACUUGUUCUUGAGCAA